GGAGCCUUGAACUGCCAGGAAAGUAGCCACGUGACCCAUCAUUAUUGUACGAAAAAUGGCGCAGGACAGUGGACACAUGGUGAACAUGAGUUCCGGUAAUGUGGAGCUACGAUACAACGUCUCGUGGAUGAAGAAAGCUUGAGCUGUUAACCAGCGGAUAGUGUUGAACUGAAAUUGGAAUCUCACAGCGAUGAACGUGGUUGUGAAAAGGGUAAGCUAUGUUUAUAUUUUUACUUUGGGCUGCGAACCAGAGCUUGAGAGACAUCUUUUGUCCGUGUGUAAAUAUGUAGCAUUUUCAUUCAUCUUGUCACGUAUCUCCAGAUUAGCAUCUCUGUGCAUUUCUUACCUUCCUGAUCCUUUAUCGUCAGGAGUUUCGGACAACUUACUCGCUUUGGUAAAGUGACUUUUAAAGGUGAAUUAUUUACGAUUGAGACUUCAGAUUAGAAAGUGUUAUCUUGGACUUGAAGAGAAAUUCUCCAUUGUCUAGAAGCUGGUCAUAAUGGAGCGUGCAGCUGCAUAAUUUGGCAGGUGUUCUAUAUUCUUCAAGGCUCACCUUGCACACCAGAAUAAUAACCUUGAAAUCAUAGUUCUUUGCUGUAAAUUAACUCAGCAGGAAUGUAAAGCACAAGCAAGAAGGCUCUGAAAUCACGAGGUCUUGUCGAAUCUAGUUAUGCUUUACACCACUGAACGAUCCUAAAAUAAUAUCGUUCUGGAUUUAAUUGUGGGCUUUUCUAACAAGGUUAUAAUUUUACCUGGAUCAUAAACUGUAUGGAAUUUUUUCCCUCUCUUGUUUAAUUUCCAAUGCAGGAAAAGGACUGUAGUUGGCUGGGGCAGUCAAUUGAUAGAACCUGUGAAUGGUGUUCUUCACCUGAUUUUAUGAAAAGCGACCUCCCAGGAUAUAUUGAUAAACCACUGGAUGAAUGGCCAGCAGAUUUACUAUUAGAUCUCUGCUACUGCUUUGACUGUGUACAGGAGUAUCACAGGCUACAGGAAGAGUUGACUGAACAGAGGCAAAAAAAGGUACUGUUACUGUGUUAUCCUUUUAUCACAAGGAUAGCUGUCAGACUGUGUACUUAUUGACUCAGUGGGAGGACUGAACAUGAAAAUAUUUAGCUCAACCUCAUGACAUAUGCACAGACUAAGCGAAGGGAGUUCAGUAUGUCAUUUAUGAGAAACAAAUAUUUUCCCCUCUGGCUGGAACAAACUCAGUCAAUAAGCAUUUUAUCACAUUACCACUAAGCGUUAAAAAUAUAAAAAAAACCGUUUCUAACUAAAUAGGAUGUGUAUGAUAGGAACAUGGAAUUAUUUAAUGAAAUCAUAUGAUUUAAUUAUUUUAUAAUAUCAAAGCAUUGAAUUACUAUAGGAGACUAGCCAUAUGAUCUCACAGCAUUUUUCCAUCGCGUGAUAUUCUCAGAAAAACAAGAAAUCAAUCAUGGUAAGGCUGUUAGACAAAUCCAUGGAAAAAACUCAUGAGGAUAUAAAUUUUUUAUUCUUAAUGUCAUGGUCAUUGUAAAUACUAUUACUAAAUAAGUAAAUACUAAUCUUGAUUUUAAAGUCUGAGUAAGCAAGUUAUUUGUAUCGAAUUUUUCAUUUGUUAUGUCAGUCAUUUGACCAAGGGUCACAGCCUCAGCAUCGCAUUCUGCUCUUUUCAAGUUUAUAAUCUUUUUGUCUGUUGCAUCCCAACAAUCAUUGUUUGAAAUCAUCUGCUAAUUUGUUGAAAUCUUGUUUUGCAAAAAAUUUGAUUAGAAGCAUAGUAAAUGGUUGCUGGCAUAUGAACAUUCUUAAUCCAGUGAUGAUUAAAAUUAAUAUCACCUUGAAAGGAUUCACUACCAUCCAAAAUUCUGUUCAUGAUAGUGUCAACCUUUUUUUUUUGCUUGAUCCAUCUGGUGGCUACAUUGGAUCUCCAUUUUAACCUUUGAGAAUAUGAGAAUAUGGGAGAGAUUUAUUGUUCAAUGUGUGACAAGCAACUUCAAGAACAUACUGUAAAAAAUGAACAAUGUUGUGAAAAUAUGAAACUUGAAAAAACAACAAAGAAAUUGUAUGAGUUAGUAGUGGAUUGAUUCAAGGAUAUAAAUAUGUGAAAGAGUACAUAAAUUAAAAUGAAAAUAAAUUUACAAUUAUGAGAAAAUCAAUUAUCAUUGAAAGUAUCACAUUUAUAAUACAAUCUUCAAUAAAUGUAAAAGGUACAAUAUACAAAUAUCCAAGAAUGAUAAAAAUAAGAUAUUAGAUAUUUUUUAAAAGAUUGAGAGUGUGCUACAUCAUUGUAAUGGUGAUUGCAAACAGACGAUCAAUAUUUGUUUUACUUUAACACAAAUAUUCAAAAUGAUGAAAUUAUAAUUUAAAAAUAUACCAAUAUAUUCAAAAAGAAUGUUAGCAUUUUAUAACCAAUAUUGGUGUAAAACUCAAACACUCAUCAGUGAUGACAUCAAAACAAUUAUUUGGAGACAAAAUUUAAUUUUUGUGAAUACUCCUUAUCCCUUUUGUCAAGUAAAGGACACGUAUAUCGAUGAUGAUAUCAUCAAGAACCCUCAACUGAGUCAAAUUAUUUUGAUCAUCACAUGAUUGGCCUCUCAUAGAGGACUGCAAGUCAACCAGUACUUUUUCAUAUGAUGUGUCAGCAAAGGACAUAGCUUGGUUUUUCCUAAAAAUUCUUUAUUUUACUAUAAGUCUUUAGCAGCACACCUACUCCAGAUAUAGUCUCUAAUUCAAUUGGGUUGAGUGUCACAGCACCUGCAAUUAUGCCAGAUACAACAAGACAUGCUAAUGAUAAAUUACAUUAUAAAUUCAAUUGUUAAAAAUGUUUUUAUUUUCUCCUGUCUAAAAUAAUAGCAGGAAUUUCUAAUGAUAAAAUCAGUAUGAGGAUUUGAUUUCAUCCACCCACUCCUAAGAUCGAUAUGGCUUCAAGUCUACCAAGAACCCUCCUCCACUCGAUGAGUUAAAGAAAUUUUCAGAUGACAUGCUAAAGAUUUUACAAUCAACAAAAUUCAAACAAGUAAACAACCCUUUCCUCAACAAACUCAAAGACUACACCAAACACAUAAAAAAGGAAACCAAGCUACUCAUUGUCGCUGACAAAACAAUGAACUUUUACAAACUAGAACCAUCAACAUACAACAAUCUCAGUACUAGAACUAAAUAUCACACAGUCCCACAAAAAAGCACAACCUAAUACCACAUGAGCCAUCCAUUCAGAAAACAAAAACAUCGCAAAGAAACUGGGCAUUGGUGACAGGAUGGACACCACAGCUAACAAAGACACAUUCAUGACAUUGAAAGGCCACAAACCAAACUAACCAACCUGCGGACUAAUCAACCCCACCAAAUCCAAGAUAGGCAGAAUCAGCAAAACAAUCCUAGACAGAAUCAACAACAAAAUCACAAGAGCAUCCAAAUUCAACCAACGGAAAAACACAGAAUCCAUGAUCAAGAGGUUCAUAACCGUUAAAAACAAACAACACACAGUUUUAUUUGCUUUGACAUCAAAGAAUUCUACCCCUCCAUUGGCUAAGACCUCCUGUACAGAGCACUUGACUUUGCCUCAGCCUACAACAACAUCACUGACAAUGACAGAAACAUUUGAUGUCACAAUGGGCAGCACAACAGUGCUGAAACAUGCAAGCUAGUAGAAAGUUUCCUUCUCUGCCAACUGACUCAAGACUUGAGCAAGAUGAUGGACUGGCCAUUUCAAAUGCCACACAGAGAGAUACAGAAAACAUGAAAAAGGAAAUAUGCAGCAUCUUUAAUCACAAUGGGCUACAGAUCACCAUUGAAGUCAACAAACAGACUCUCAACUUCCUAGACAUGACUUUCAACUUUAACAAAAGCACCUACCUGCCCUUCACAAAGCCUAACACCACACUACAAUAUGUCCACUGCAAGAGCAACCACCCACCAAUCACCACAAAGAACAUACCCGCUGGCAUCAACAAACAACUGUCAUCCCUUUCAUCUGACAAAGCAUCCUUUGAUCAAGCUGCCCCUCUAUAUCAAAAAGCACUUGACAAAUGCAGAUACUGGUUCACUCUACAUUACAAACCACCUACAACUAAAAACCAAAAACAGACAAUGGAACAACAUACUCUGGUACAACCACCCAUUCAGCAAAAACAUUAGCACCAAUAGCAGACAAGCACUUCUCUAAAGACCACAAACUUAGAAAAAUCUUAAAUUGUAAUACAAUUGAGAUCAGUUACAGCUGCAUGAAUAGCACUAAAGAGAUCUUUGACAACCACAACAAACACAUUUUAAAUUCAUCCAAACAUAUGGAUGACACCACAGAUAACACCAACACAAAAGACACCAAAACUUGUAACUGCCGACAGAAGAACACAUGCCCACUUAACAGAAACUGCCCCCAAUUAUCACUAAUCGACCAAGCCACUACCAUACAUAAGGACAACAGCACCACUGAAGCAUACAUCAGACAAGUUUACAGAAAACGAAUUUUAGACUAGGUACAGAAACCACAUCACAUCAUGACAGAAACAAAGCAUUACUGCAUAACAAUUGAAAAAAGCAUUUAAAUUUACAGCCACAUCUAUUUUGCAAAUUUGUUAAGUAUAUGAACAAUGGUUACAAAUAUCCUUGACAAUAAAAUCCCUUAAUGAGUGAGUAAUCACAAAACAGGCUUGUAGGGAUGAAAGUAUAGUCUCUUUGUUUUUCCCCUAUCUCAAUAUAUAUAUAUAUAUAUAUAUAUCAAUUAUUUUAAUCAAUUAGUUGAAAAUUAUUAUUUUUAGUUUUAUAAUAAAAAAUGAUGAAUAAUUUCCUCAGUCUAAGCAAACUGGUGCUCAAAUCUAGUGUUAUGGAUGCUCCCUUUAGUAAGCUGACAAUGUGAGCUGUAGAUAUAUCAAUCCACUGAUCCUGUGUAUCUUCAAAAUUAUAAAUUCUAGAACAUUUUGUAAUAUUUAUAUUUGUUUCCUUGAGAUUUAAAGUAGUUGCAGAUGCCUUGAAGCUGUCUUUGAAAAAAAUCUGAUAAAAACCUGUUUCUUGAAUAAUCAAUUCACCUCCAUUUUUCAAACUGAAAUGUGUUGCUUCAGCAAAAGUUACUGUAUUUACGUGAAAUAAGUCUCUUAAGUUUAAUGGUUUUUUUUUCUAUUAUGCUUGAGAUUGUUAUUAUAAUAGUUAGUUUAUCUAUUUAUAUUGGUGUCAUGUAUCUUUUUAGAUACAGGAUUUUGAUUGUUGACAAAAUCAACCACAUCCAUUUUAGCCUUCUCAUUGAAAUUGAUGACACCAUUGUAAACGGUGUGUAAAGUAUCCUAAACACUUGUCUUGAUAUCAUCAUGAUACCCUGAAACACCACGUACAAUGACAAAAUUUGUAAGUCCUGUGUAUAACUGAUGCCAGAUUUAUUCUUCAAAACCAUACCAAUUGUGAGAUAAUUGGGAGUCAUUAUUGUAUUUAUGAAGAUUAAUUAUACUUCAGCUUUGAUCACUAAACAUAUUAGUUGAUGUUCUCAAAACUGUCUCAACCCUACUAGUAGCAGAUAUUUGAACUGUUGAAUGGUGGAUUGAUGCUGAAGGAAAAUAUAAUUAAAAAACGACAGUAUAUUCACUAGUUGCAAAAGGGUACAAUAUUAUUCAGACCUACACAACUGCCAUAAAACCCUUUGCUUGCAUCAAGAUGAAGCUUCAUCUCAUAUGUCUCUUUUUUAUUUAGUGAAAAUCUUUAAAUCUUUGUAGUUUGGACACCUGAUACAUCAUCUUUGUCACUAAAUUCAGAACUUGGGUUAUCCAUGAGAUAUUGAAACACAUUAAUAUCAUCUUGAUAUGCAAUGAUUUAAUCUGUCAUCGAAGUACUCUGUAGGUUUGUAUAGCUGUCAGACAUCAUCUAAUUGACAUAAGUGUUAGCAGCAUAAGUGCUUUCAUGUGCAUGUGCCUCUUUAAGAGUUAUGAUACUUCUUGUAUUCAUAUCAAGAUUGCCAGACAUUAUUUUUGACCCAUCCAUUCUCAAAAAUAUGUUUGUUUUUGUAUCAAUAUACCAUUUGUUUGAAGCAUCUGUUUAAUUGACUGGGUCAGCUGGAUUAUAAAUAUUGUUUCCCUUCAUGUCAAGGCUGUUGGACAAAUUAUCAUUUAAUAUUAUAUGAGAUUUUUUUAGAUCCAAUAUACCCACAAUCUUCAUAAACAGUGUUAUACACCAUCAAUUCCAAUGCAUGGGAACCUAACUUUGCCUUCCCCUGUUUUUCUGAGAAUGUCACACAAUGGAAAAAUGCAGUGAGAUCAUAUGGCUAGUCUCCUAUAGUAUUCUAACACUUUGAUAUUAUAAAAUGAUACCAUCAAAUGAUUCCAUGAUAUAAUUUCAUCAAAUGAUUCUAUUAAAUAAUUCCAUCACAUGGAAAGUAGUAUAGAGAGCUGGGGUUUGUACCAGAUCACGAUCUGGUACUGCCGACUACUAUACUACUUAUGUUUGCUUGCUUGCAAGUUAGAAAUGUCAGUUUGGUUUCUGGUGAUGGUUAUGAGAAUUUUGACUAUUAUCAUAGGUUUUCCAGCAUGACCAGAAUUAGGUUUUCACUCUCUGGCACAAUGAAACAUUUCUUUGUCACAAGGAAUAAUUUUGUUCCCUGAUAGGUUUUGCAGCACUUGGAUGUUGAUAGAUUGAAGCUGACAAUCAGUACUGCCCUAGAAGAUGCAGAACGUAGGGAAGGAUUUUUUCCACAUAUGCAGGUUUGUUUGACCAACACACAAAUUGAAUAUGGGCUCAGAAUUUUCUAAGUUAGUCCUUCACUGGCAGUGUACCCCUAUUCAAACAGUAACCUAUAAAGCCUACUGCCUGUUGUACCUCAUAUUAUCGCCUAAAAUUGCUUCAAAUUUUUGAAAAUUAAUGAGCUUAAAGGACUGCUCUACCAGUUUGAAAAUUUCUUUUAACAUAAGGAUGACCACUGAUGAAUUGAUGCACCAGAGAAGGGUGUAUGAAUUAAUGCACAAAAAAUUCAAGGAAAAAGCAAAUGAAUAAACAAAGGUAUGAACAAAUGCAUUCUUGAAUUGAUGCAUGUGUGAAGACAAAAACCAGGGAUUUAAAGGCCAUGUGAUAAAGCUUUAUGGAAAUUUGUGUAGUUAUUGUGGCUUAAUUACUCUGCAAUAUAACUCAAUAACACAAUUCUAAACAAAGACAACUUUUCUUUUCAGUGGCCCUGUCAUCAAUGUUAAUAACCUGUUUUAAACUUUUCCAGGAUGUCCCAAUGAAGUUACAAGUUCCCCUUCUGGAAAUGUUAAGGUUCCCAUAUUUCUUACAUAAUGAGACACUAGCAUUAUGGUUUAAAAGAGGACUUAUUGCUCUGAAUGUGUGUGGAUGUCCACUCAAGUUGGAGGAAAAGCUUCCUGGAGCAUAUCUUCUGCUUGUUCAUCCUGAUCCAGAGGUAUGAAGAAUGAUUUAAUAUUAUCCAGUAAUACAGUGUAUUGUUAAAUUAAAUGUAUUGUCAGUAAUAUUAGAAGUAUUGUAAUAUAGUGUUUAUAUUGAAAAACAGUGUAUUGUUAAAUUAUCACUGUAUUGCGAAAUAUAAUUUUACAAUGAUAGCUGAACUUUGCACUGUUGAAUUACUUCAUUCAAGACUGCACAACGAUACUUAACAACUGCAUUGCCAAUUGGAGGUUGGGUGCCUGAAACAUCCAAGAGCUUCCACUAUUGGCAGCCAGCUCCUACAUGGAGACUUCUCCCAUAGCUGGCAAAUCCUGGCAACCCAGCCAUGAGCCCCCACACAGGAAAGGAAAACAGGCACCUGUCACACUUAAUAAACAGUGGAAAGAGGUAAGGAAUGGGUGGGGAAAACUGCCUGGAGGAAGAGCUGCCAAUACUGACAAUGCUGCAAAAAUAAAUGCUCGAAGUACACAUAAGAACGCCUCAAACAAAGAGCACAUGGAAUUCUGACACAUGCUUCUACGAAAACUGCUGACUACUAGAGAACACUGACGCUCUUUGUUGUUUACUCUGUCAAAUUAACUGCAUUUAACUGCAUUUAAUAACUGCAUUGUUAACUGGAGGUUGGGUGCCUGAAACUUCCAGCAGCUUCUGCUAUUGGCAGCCAGCUCCUAGGUGGAUACUUCUCCCAUGACCUCUGAGCUGAGCUCAAUCAGCUUGGAGAAAUAGGGCUCAUGGCAACAGCAGGCCAUGGCCUCAAGAAAAACUGCCCAAAUCUGACGGCACCCACUGAGUGGUGGAAGUGAGAGAUUCUGACCAUCAUACCUGCUAUGUAAUCUGUUUUGCUACUGAGAGGAUGCUAUCCACAGGUGUGCACACAUACAAUAAAUAUGCCUCACUUGACCAGCGUCCCAUGGUCUUUCUGAGGUGGUCAGAAGUGCCCUGCUGAGCAGUUGUAGUUGCAACUCCAAUUCUAAAGCUCUGGCCAGAGAACUUUCUGAGAAUGCCUGCUACCUAUAGUGUAGAUUGUAAGAAUGAAGAUAGACAGGCCCCCGAAAGAGGACAGCCAUCUUGAUAAAUAAAUGGGAGACCUUUACCUGGCCCUCGAAGGUGAAGGUAGUUUGAUAAAGCUAACACAGGGCAGAGUGAUGUGGAGCCACACCCAAGGAAAAUGAAACAGCCCUGCCAGAAAGGAUCAGUCUUUGCGCAUUUAAUGAACACCUUGAAACUUUGAAGAUUUGUCAAGGAAUCUACUUGCAGAUCUGCUAUUGUCAGGUGCACAGCUGGGUCAAAAGGACCAUUCAUUGUAAACUCACCAGCUCUGAGAAACCUAAAGAAGCCAAAGCAACAAGUCUCCCACAGCAUGACAUUGUCAGGGGUGGAGAAGUCCAAGGAAUUGUGCACAAUGGCCCAAAGGUCUGCAGUCACAGGCUGACCUGAUGUCGUUUAAUCCCUCUUAAGACCCACUGUAGCAGAAGACAGUCAGUGAGUGGGUCAGAACAAACAGCAGACAGAUAAACUUUAAUAUAGGAGUGAUUAAGAUGAUCUGCAAGGCGUGCACAGAAGCAUAUUAAUGUUUGUUCACUGGCAGGUAGACUGGCAUUUUGCUGUCAAGUCACAGGAAGCUGGGGCAGGAGUGACAGUGGUACUGGUGUAGCUACAGUUGCUGUGUGUGGAGCUAGGUGAUGGAAACACUGAAUCUUCUAUGCAAUAGAAGGGAAGACGGGGCAGAGGGUAAUCCAAAGGGAGGAGCCAGAUUGCUGAAAUAAUUGCCUUGCCACUUCAUUCCAAGCAAAUAACAAUCAUCAGAAUGGAGAGGGACAUUGGGGUACAUACUUUCCACAUCAAACUUUGCCAUAAGUACUCCUUCACCAUAAGACAUGAUCCCGCUGAUGACAUCAUCUACUUUCAUGUACUGCAAAGAGAAAGGCUCUUCAGGAAUGCUGUCAUUGAAGCUAUGCCUCAGUGGCUGGAUAAAUCCAAGAUAAGCCGCCACUUUCCAGGUUGGUAUUUCUUUGGGAUCACUCCAAAGAGACUGACAUGAAGGCUUGGAAUUGGAGAUAUAGAGUAGGGGCUACAGUUACACCACCUUUCUAAAGUUCUGUGAGGAGAUACUGGUCAAUCACAGAAGGGUGAAGUGAUGCUGAUGGCAUAUUCUGGGUCGCAGACCUCAACAAUACCACCAAAGGAUCAGUUUCCUGUCGAUUUGAAGCAUGAGACCGAAGCACAUGUAUUCGUGGAGUGGCUUUGCAUGGCCGCUAAAAUGUGUGGUAAUGACUUGCCUAACACUCAGGAAAAGGCUGGACUGAGAUCCUUGGUGGAGAGCACAAAAGAAGGAGGGUUGACUGCAGGAGCUGAGGCAGCCAAGGUUUCUGUUAAGGAAGGAGGAGGAUCCACAGAGGACAGGACUGAAGAAAUUAAUUCUGGUGAUUCCAGCAUGGCAGUGGCUCUGUUAUUUGUCGAACGCCUGGAAAGCUGAUCCAUACGAACGAAAACAGUUAAUCACCAGGAAAACAAAUGAAAGAUAAUAGUGCUUAAGCCUUUUGAGAUGAAAACGAAUGAGGAAAAUGAAAACUGCCUGGAGGAAGAGCUGACACUCCUCACAACACUGCAAAUACACGCUCAAAGUACUCACAAGAACACCUCAAAUGAAGAGCACAUGGAAUUCUGACGCAUGUGCAAAUGCAAAAACCACUGAAUACUAGAUACCGCUGAUGCUCUUUGUUGUUAACUCUAUUAAAUUGCUUUUAACUGCAUUAUAACUUAAGACUGUUUCUCUUAACUUAAACUCCUGUCAGUGUGAGUGACUAAGACAUAAUUUCCCCAUACAAUAACAGUACAAUAUCAAGCAGACAAGUGCCAAGAAGUAAAGAAAAAUAUCAAUUGGGGGACUAUUAGUUGAUUCAAUAUCAAGUUGCAGAAGUAACAUCAUGAGAAUUGUAUUGUAGAUACUAAGGAGAAUUGCUAAUGAAAUCUUGGGAGUUUAAGGGUUAAUUGAGGUGGCCAGCAGGUGAAGAGAUGUUUUGUUUGUUAUUGAUCUGAAUGUUAUUCCUUAAAAUUUAUACAGGAGUAAAAUUGAAUUGAUAAGCAUCUUCCACAAUGAUAAAAAAAUGGUAUACAAUAAUACCACAGUACCCAAUAAUUCAACAGAGAUUUUAUGCAGAAACCUGUGAAGGCAAAUUAAAAUAAAUUGUGCUCAACCUUUUGCACCAAACCUCAAACUUUGAAAAAAAUUCAUCAAGUUUAUUACUUUUUCGGAAUCUGGAGGUCACAGGUUCAAGUCCUUUACUCUACCAUUCAGUUUGAUUUACUUUGAGUGUUGCAGAAUUUGAUAUAAUUUCCUUUUUGGACCUUAUGUAUAGUUACUGUAACUAAUUUGUCUUCUACCAUAAUGAUUCCAAAUUUUAAAAGGUUACAUUAUGCGUGGAUUAUUCUCUGUGUGUUAUAAAUAGUUAUGAAUAACACAGAAGUGCUAUCACCACUUAAAUGAGGUUAGAUAACUAUUUUUUUAAUUACAUGUAUCUUUAUAUCAGGUGCGGGGUUGGGCAGUUAUAAGUGUGAGAGGACAAGGAAUGAUAAAUCCAGACGAAUACGAUCUCUUGAAAGAGGUUAUCAAGUGGAUGAUUGAUGUCGUGGAGUUUAAUCUGUUUGAACUUUCUGAAAUUGUAAUACCGAAGGACGAAAAUACUACUGGCCUGCCUCUUCAAUUUCUCCCACCACACUUGUAUGUUCCUCUUACUAUAAAAGAGUACUGGAUGGGACUGUUUGUGCUACUGAUGCGAAUGGAUGUGGCCACAGUGCAGUCAUGCUUUAUGAGUUACACUGGUCACAUAGGGAUUCUGAAUGCAAUUGUGCAGCCAAUGAGAAAUCAAGGUACUUAGGGCCUACUGUUAACCUGUUACAAAAUGAGUAGAUAAGUUUUGUGUGUAAUGAUACAUUUUAGAAUUAAUCUUAUUAGUAGAAUUACAGUUACAAAUGAACAUAAAUUAUUCCCAUAUGAGUAUUAUACCUUAAAGUACAAAGUAUGACGAUAUUGUAAAUGCCAGAUGAAGCAACAAAAAAUUAUAUUUUACUUUUUAUCUGCCCUUCUUUUCGUGCUAAUCAAGGUACAGCUCAUUUUAAAGGUUAUCAUAGACUAACUGAUAAGCCACCUUCAGCUAAAGAAAGUCUGGUUUUUUUAGAUUUCGUGACACAAAUAGUAGUUCACUCUGAGGAUUAAGCUCUUGGAAAGUUUUUGGUGGAGAUAGCUGCAAAGACUUAGUCCCCUCUCGGUGUCUGGGGUACCUCCAUUUCAUUUCUGCCCUUAUGCUUCUCCCUUUUCAUCACAAUGUGACUUUAAGACUAUUAUUCUUGAGUCAGGUGCUAGACUUCGACGUAAGCAUUUUAUUUUAUAUAGAUUUGGGCAAUUUUAACUCAGAUUGUUAACUGCUUAUUAUCCUCAGAGGUGGAAGCAUUUUGGCCAAUGCUACAGUGCUUUGUUGUCUUGCAAGAGAGACUUGAAGAGAGAAUCUGGCAGAUUUCUGUGUUCACAUAUAAGCCUGAAGAACUCUUUGAGAUUAUAACGGAAAACUGUUCCUUUAAAGAGGCUAUUUUGCAGUGGCAAACCCAAGAUGGUGGAGUGAAAUUCAAGCCAAAAGAUGUCAAGCAGUCAAAUAGAGCCAGGUCUUUGAGUGAUGCAAAAUCUUCUAGUGGAUUUUACAACACGGCAUUGGCAUGGUUUCAACCUUUUGUGCUUUCUCUUCUGGACUUUGAUGAUGGUCAGCUCUAUGUCUCACUUGUAAUUAGAUAUCUUCACAAUGUUGCAGGUAAGAAUAAAGAAUAAAUACAGGAGAAACAACACAGCUCUAACCCUUUACACUGUAUCAGUAGCAUUUAUAUUCUCCCCACUGUUCUCUUUACAUAUCCUGUGGUCUUGACAAGGAGAAUUUGCUUGACAAUCAGGAGCUUCUUAAACCAGUGAUUAUUUCCUUUACAGGUAUCCUCGUCACCUUUUAUAUUUGAAUUAAGCUUAGUGCUGUAAGGAGAAAUUAGAGGCCAAUCGCUUCUCGAGGGUAAAGGGUUAAAGAAGUUUAAAAUGUGCAAUUCUAUUGAGUCUAAUUGUGGGAUAAUUAUGAUGUAGCUUUGAAAUUGUGUUUGGGAAAUUUCGAAUACAAAAAUACUUUGUGUUCCAUGAGAGCCUCCUUUGCAAGUAGUUUUUAGAUCAAUUAAAAGACGGAAGCUUACGGCAGGGUUAUGAUACAUUUGUUCCAAGAAAUUUUAACUGAUUUAUCUGAGAAAUUGUUGAUACUUACCUUACAAUCUUUGUGGAAAGAAGUUAGUUUAGGCUUGAAAACUUUUUGUAACCUCUGAUGGAUAAGGGGCUCACCUGGGUAGGAUAACGAUAUCGGUGUUCUCCCUUAUUCCAAGCAUGACAGGUAAAAUAACUUUUCAAAACACAAGAGCAACACUUUUACUUGAAUUUUUAAGAAUUCCAAGUGAUUUUAGGUAGUUAUAAGUGGUUCCUUUGUACACACACCUAGGCAAGAAAUUCCAAGUUACAAGAUAUUAUUGCACUGUGAUUGUACAUGUAUACCUUAACAUAGAAUAUACAUUGACCAACACAGUCAAUAUAACAUAAAAACGGACUUUGAAUGGAUGAGAACUGGCAUUAGUUCUCUGUUGGCUAUGAGCCUUGACAACAUAAUCCAAAUUCUGUUUAAGGUAACCCUAUCAGUCCCAAGAUCACAAUAGUAGUUCUUCUUACUUUCUGCCAUACAACUCUUAUAUUGUUGGUUAAGAGAACUUGGUAUUGGAUCAAGAAAUAAUCUCCUAGUUUAUAUUUUACUGUUUUCUCAUCACUUUUCUGCUUGAAAUUGUAUUGAUUCAACAAAUCAUCAAUGCAUUCAUUAAUUAAAUUCAUUGCAGAUGAGUGUGUGACUCAAAGUACUUUCAAGUCAGAUGUUCAGUCUACUUUGUUAGGCAUAAUUCAUGAAUUGGUCAAGAGACAAAUGUCGGUGCUCCUGGCUCCUACAGCUGGCCUUUGGGCAAAAGACAUGGUAGAUUUUGUUUUAACUGAAACAGGGGACAAGAAGGUGAAAUUUACGUUUACCAUAUUUCACAGAGAUCCUUACUUUCAGGAAAUAUUUCCAUCAGUGACUGGUGUUGUGUUACAAGCAUGAUGUAUAUACAGUUAUGAUUCUAUCACCUGAUAGUCAUGUUCCAGGAGGCUUUCCCAGUAAUUCUCUUGUCAAAGCAAAGGCAAAGGAAUGAGUCAGAGCUUUUUCUUUCACUGAUUUCUCAAAGUGUUAAGUAUCAAAACAGUGGAACUUCAAAUAAGAUACUGUGAGGAAAAUGAAAAUAAUUUUGGAGCGCCCAAUUUUGAUAUUUAGAAAUUCAGCAUUAAUCAACAUUUCAGACCACAUGGCUUCGGGAAGUUUGCGUUCCAGUUUAGGGUUGGGGUGGUUUAUUCCCCAGAGAUUCAUGGUGACCUCUAUUAUCUUUCACUGAUUUUACAAAACAUUGACACUGAACCACACUUCCUUUAUUUCCUGCUUUUCUAUAAUGGUUACCAGUCAUUUUAUACCCACCGUCAUUUCAUACCCGGUUGUUUCAUAACCAGGUAGGUCGAGUCGUACCGGGUCUGUUGAUUCAUUUUCCAUGUUAAGUAUGUUAAUACUAAGGUUGAUUCUUAUUUUCAAUAGCAAUGUUGCUUGUGUUAAUUAAGUUUAGUUUGCGAGACAUGCAUUUUUGAUACACAUCUACUAAAUGUAAGCCCUGGAACUGAAAUGCGGGGUUUGGGAGUAAAAAAUAUCGCACUGCUACCUCUAAUGUUCUCUUUGUCAAGAGUGGCAAUGUUUGGGUGAAGUGUCUUGCCUAAGAACAUAACGCUGGUAAAAGCCUUGACUUGAAUCCCAGACACUUAUGUUCCACGUCAUUUUUUAAUGUGCACAUUUGUUUUUAGAAAGUUGAUGUUACCAGAAAACUACUUCAGCUUCUGCUUAAGGCUAGUCAUCGAGAGGGAUCGAAACAUGCCCUCAAGUUCUGGGAAUUGUUUGCAUUGCCAGGACCCAAGGAGCUGUCUGCAGAGGAAAAGCAGCAGAUAAUUUCACUCAUUGAGGUACUGGUUUUGCCUUGACAAUCAAACUUGUUCUUGCCAGUCUCUGAGUGCCUUCCAUUAAUUGGAGCUGACUGACCUAUAGGCGAUUAUGUGCAUGCUCUGAUUGGUCGAUGAUUGUGUCAUCUCUUGCUAAAGUCACUCUCAAUCAAGGUGGUUAUAGUAGGGAUUAUUCGCCAGUUUUCACUUUGGGAAGUAAUUGGUAAUUAAUCUAAAACUCCUUUUAAAAAAAUGUACAGUGAUAAGUCCUGUGACAGCUUAUUCUAGUUUGCACACUUAGUGAAGAUUAAUCAACUGAUGUGUUGUGCACAUACUUAUAAUUCAAAACAUUCCUCUAACUGUAAUAUAUUAUCAACAAAGUUUCAGCUCAGGAAAGUGACACCUCCAUUCAAGAGGCACAAAUACUCGGAAUAAUGUUCGUAAUACCUUUGUACACCUGUAUCUUUUACCCUCAUUAAAGGGACACCUCUCUUCAGGGAACAUUAUUUUUAGUGUAGUGGAUUUCCCCAGAACGGAGGUUCCCCAGUUUGCACUAAUUGCAGUUUAUCUCUUAAUCCUUUACACCCUGAUAUCAGAAUCUAUAUUCUCCAUACUCUUCUCUAUACUUAUCCUUUGGUACUGACUUGGAGAAUUCAUGUAGCAAUCAAAUCUUCUUGGGUUGGCGAUCAUUUUCUUUAUUCUCGUGAUCUUAAUGAAUGAUUCAGCAGUAUUUCUGUAAGGAGGAAAAAGAUGCUGGUCACUCCUAGGGGCUAAAGGGUUAUCGUGUUGAUUCAGCGUUGCUGAGAUGGGAUUUGUUAGUAGAAAAAGUAUCUGGAAGUUUAUGGCUUAACUUGCAUAGUUAAGAAGUAUUUAUGUCUUGCACUCGUUGUGAGGCCUGUGUAUUGAUAUUAGGUUUGAUUUAAAGGCCAGUUUAUCUAAAAUUUCGAUUGUUUCAUUUGGUCCUAAGGCUCAACCUUCCUUAAAAGUUCCAACCCCUGGAUUCCUCAAUAAAUCUUUGUCUCCUGCAAAUUCCAUGGAUAGCGCAGAUAUCAAGUCAUGUCGUAAAGCUAGCCUCCCCAUGCAGGGUGUUAUCCAAAUAAAGAAAGAAAAAGCUCAACAGUCACACGAGCAGUUUGAUUCUAAUGGAUUAACGGAAAGAAAAAGCGGCGACGAGGAAAGUUUUCGAUCAAGAGUGAGGCCCUGUCCUAGUUCAAUGUUGAGCAGUUUUGAAGAUGAACAAGGUGUUAUCCGUAUAGAGAAAGAAAAAUCUUGUCAGUCACACGAGCAGAUUAAUUCUAACAGGUUAACAAAAACAAGAAGGAAUAACUUGAAAAACAAGAGAAGUUUCCGAGCAGGAGCGAAGCCUGGUCCUAGUUCGCGUGUGAGCAGUUCUGAAGACGAAGAAGAAGAGGAAGAGAUUGCUAGCAGGGAUUUAAUGAAAAGGGGCAAAAAGCCUCGAUGUCAUUUACGGAAUAUUAAAGUGUAAGGGAACUUCCCUGUAAAUUACCUCAUUAAAUUUGUCGUUUUUACUUUAGCUCGAGGGCUAGGUCAUUGCAACUACUGUUCGUACAAGCAAACACGGUUACGAUGUCUUGUGCUGUGACGGGACACCCCUUAUCAGUGUUUUGAAAAAAAUGAUUCUGAAAUGUAUUGUUUGCUCUUCCUUCAUAUCAUUGCCAAAACUUCCCAAAACAAUUCAUAAUCAGUUGUUUUGGUUAUUAAAAAAAACAGAGUACUUUCAAUUGAUUUUGUACAUCCUGAACCAAAAUAAUCUUAACGACCAGUUGGGACCAAGGAAAACGAAUAAGGGUAUGAGAACUCAAAGUUACUACAGCAGACUGCCAGAAGCACGGGGAAAUGCGAAUGACUCAGUCGCGAUUGUCUUUAGACUGGUUUAGAAAAUGGCACGAGUUUGACAUAAGCAAAGCAAAGCAAAACUAGUAAAUUACUUCAUUUUCAACAGUCCAUUGCAAGUUGGUUUCAAAUAUCACACAAAAAUGUGUCAUGAGAAAGUGAAAACAAACAGACAAACAUUUGAUGCGUUGUGGGUCGUUGGCAGGUACUAUUGCUCAUGAAAGAUAAUGUACUAUUGUUUUCCAGGUCUAAAAUGUCUCCAGAGUUGGGUUUUGAACUUAUGACAGCCAAAGUUCCUCUAGUUGACUGCGGAGCGUCCUUGGGCCCUGUAAAAGCUGAAAAAAGCGUCCAGCACACGGCUCUUCAAACAACUGUAAAGCAUCGAAGAAAUAGAGCCAGGAAAUCAGCUGGCAGGAUAAAGAAAGUUUCUCAGACUCCCAUCCUUAUGAAUUCUGGUACGUUGGUACAUCCAUAGUUUUCAAGAGUUUAUACUUCUUUUUUUUAAAAAACAUUGAGAAAAAGUAUUUUUCAUUAGUGAAAUUUAUACCCUUAUUCCGGAGCAUGUGUCUGACCAAUUAGCUUCCCCUUUGAAUUUUGACUAUGAAUAUAUGAAAAUCAUGUAUGUGAACUAUGGAUAAAGACGUGGACCACACUUGACUACGGGAAUGAAAAAAAAGGAAAAAUUGAAAGUGAACCAGAAUGUUGAGCCAGGCCAGAGUUGAGCUACCCUUACAACAUAUAGAUUGUACCCUCGGAGUAAAAUUCAUAUUUCAAUUGCUGGCAUUAUAACCAUUGUUUUUGUCACUUGCGGGGCUUGUUUUAAGGAGGGUCUCCUAUAUUUCACCCAGAGAAAUUCCAGUUGAAUUUGGUGUAGGCUGUACAGUUUUACAAGAUUAUUCUUCUCGUCAGUACUUUAGACGCGAUUUGAUUUGCUUGUUUAAUCAAGGUGCGUGGAAAGAAGACGCAAUUGUUCUGUCGGAUGACGAAGAAUCCUCACCAGAUACAUCCAAUCAAACAAAGCCCGUUUCCUCGAGACAAGAGCAUCUUAGAUUUUUAGACGAUUACUUGAACUGCGAGAGCCUUCAAGACGACGACAUUGCUCUCAAUAAACUCAUGGAUGAAGUAGAUCCAUCGCCAAAUUCAGGAACGACUCGGUCGAAAAAUUUGUCAACAAAGGAAGCUGUUGAUAGUGAUAGCAAGAUGAGUAGUUCCGACGAAGAGCUCCUUCGUUCUGUUUUCGAAAGUGAUGACAAAGGCCGUAAAGUUAAGGUGAAAAGUGAAGACAGAGAGAUGGAUGGUGAAGGUGCCUCCUGUCGGAAGACCGUCGCAGGCGACAACAUUGAUAAAAUGAAGAGGAGAAAAACAACCGAAAGGGAUGUUUUUUCUUCUCAAAGCGUAAGAAAGUCAGAGUCACGAAUUCCAACAAAUUAUACCAGUAUAACAAUAAAAACGGAAUCCGCUGAUUCAAACGAUGACCUGGAUGAUGAGCCCCUCGCAGCACAUCAUCCUUUUGCUGGUGUGAUGGUCAAAACUGAAGUGAACCGCAUUUCGGAGGAUGAAGCCAUAAAUGUGGAGGCUGCAAGCCCAGUAGUACGUGACAUUGACUGUAGUCUUGUUAAGAAAGAGCAGCCAGAAAACGUUCGUAACACCUCUUCAUUUGACCACGCAACUGACGCUGAAAUUGGAAGAAGUGAUUUUAUCUUGGCUGGUUGUAUAGAUUCGGAGCAAAACGCCCAACCAGUUCUUUCUACAGUCAAACCUGAACCUUUGGAACAAGGGGAAGAAAAGACACUUUCUCUCUCUGACAUUAGCAAACAGCUUCAGAAUGAUACUCGUUUCGACGAUGAUAUGAAUUUUUGGGGUCACUGCUGCAAUUACAAUGAACUUUUGCUGAAUUCUCAAGAUAAUGCCCUCGCAAGCAUAGAAGAAGAUCUUGUUGAUGUAUACGGCACGCAAACCACAAAUCAGACGGAAGAUGACCUUUCGUUGUCAGAUGAAGAUGUUAAUGUUGGAGAUAUCCCGUUGGACGAACCUGUGCAAAAUCCAGACUUAAAUGAUAACUUUCUGCCAGAUGAAGAAGUCAAAAGUGUAAAACCUAAGAAACAUGUAACAUUUGCACCUGACAUACGUUCGUCUGAUGCGGUCACAAACUCUUCUGGUGGAAUUGCAAGCUCGAGUAAGCUAGCGUCUCCUCAGGCGGCCAUAACAAAGCCGACUAGAGUUCUUUCAGAGGAUGACUUUUUCCGCGAGAUCCUAACCUGGAGGGUGGAUCACUUUUUUGAGUCAUUGAGAAAUGGUAGAUCCACCACUUUGCCGCGAAAUUAUGUUGCAGAUCGUGUACCGGAAAGCUUCAACUCUAUGGACGAAUAUUACAAAAUAUUCAAGCCCUUGCUCUUCAUGGAAAUUUGGCAACAGGUACUAGAGUAAAAGCAUAUUAUGGUUUCUAUGUAGCCGUUUAGAUUUAAAGGACGGGCAGAAUGGUAAACGGCGGGUAGUUAUGAAAAGUAAUCUGCUCCCGUCCUAGGAAGACUGCAACUUGAUUAUUAAUAUUUUUUUCGUUAUCAACUGCUUUUUUGAUUUUCCUGCUCUUUGGCACGCCGUAGAUAUUGCAUUUCGUAAAAUAGUGCGGGCAGUACUUUGGGAACUCUACUAAACUUACUUUUUAAAUAUUCGAAUGCUAGUGUUUUCGUAACUAAAGGCCUGUCGUUUGUUAAUGCAAACUUAAGAUACAAUUGGUUGUCUAAUUCAUUUUCUUUUUAGCUCUACACGUGACGAUGAUCGGUUUGUGACGUUUACCUCGAUCAAACUACUUGUAAUAACUCUCAAUUCUUCAUUUUAGGCUCUUGGUUCCUGGGGUAGUAAGGAUGUGAACAGGAAGUGUGUUACCAUGAAUGUUCUCGAUGGAAGUAACGCCAAUAGUUUCUGGAUCAUUCCUUGCCGUGGUGUUAUUAACGAACAUCAACAAAAAGGGGCUUUGUUCCCGAUGGAAAGUGAUUUGGUUCUUGUUACGCGCUCUGCAGCUGAUGGAAGAGGUGAAUAAGAUACGUCUGAUGUGAUUAAAUUUUCUCUAUGGCUCCAAUUUUGAUUUAUCAUCAGGAUUUGAUAUGAAAGAUGGGAUAUUUUUUAGCUCGAUCAUGCAACGGCCUUGCUCACUUCACUGAUGCCUAGUGAAGGCUGCGGGGAAAAGGAAAGUAUGCGGCUCAAUUUUAAUAGGAAGAUUUACUAACAUAAUGGAUCUAUAAUGGUGAUAUAAGGUGUAUGAUAUAGUCUUUGAUGGCAGUGGGCCUUGCUUACCAUAGAGUUUCUGUGGCUCAGUGACAGAGCAUCUUAGUACGGAAUGCGAAGGUCUGAGGUUCGAUUCUUCGUGAGGACUGAAAAUUUUUUCUUUGUCCCACGUUCGUGACAACAUGAAAAAAAUACCAUUCUUUAUUUAUUCGCCCAAACCGGGGAAAACGUUGAACCACAUCACACUCAAAUGAAGUGUGUUUCAAUUUUCGCGAUUAUCAUAAGAAAUUGCCAACGGUUCCUCCAACCAACUGUGGUAGCGACUGAUGGGAUUACUAUAGUGUGUUUGUAUUUAAUAGCACAUGAAAAUUUUUUUGGAAAUCGCACCUAGAGUUUUUGUUUCGUUUUUUUUGGUUAUGAUUUUUUGUGCGAGAUUGUUCUUUUUCAUUUGUUUGUUUGUUUUUUGUCAAAAGGAAGCUAACGAUGAAAGUAUCAUGAAAGGUCGCCAAUAGAUCUACCUUAAAAUUGAUAAUUUGAGAAAGGCUGAAUAAAGUUAUCUUAAAAUCAUUAAUGAUUUUGUUAGAAGAGAGCAGAAAAUGAAAUUCCAGUGGCAGUUGACCAUUAGAAGUACUUUAAAAUGAAAUUUGAGAAAUGUGACAUAGAGUCAUUAAAAGCUCCAAAAACUCUUAUAAUGGCUGUAUUUUACUUUAUUAUUAUUAGCAUUAUUUUGUUUGGCUUUGUUUUGUUUUUUUUAGAUGGGAGUGAUAAUAACUCAGCAGUUUUCGGAUUGGUGGAGAAGUCAGUUCUUCAAAGAGCUAAGCUGUCACGACGGGGUAGUCUGGGAAUUAGUGGUGGAGAGGAAGGUAUGGUUUCCUUCCCAUAAAAUGUUAUCUUGAAAUGAUGUUUACUUUUCAACCUCAGUGAUGUGUACGAGUCGGGAAGUUAUUGUUUGAGGAGGUUAACAGACGAACUUUGUUUCCUUUGUACUUUUUUGUUUCUUGCCAACCAAAUAUUAGCUUGGCUUAAGAACAGUCGUGACCCCUUUACUUCCAGGCUUGAAACCAAGAGGAUAGGUAAUGGGAGGAACGAAAAGUUUUCGUUCGGUAUUAUUCUUUAUAUUGACAUGAAAGUCUCAGACCUGAAAAGGUAAGAAAUGAAAAGGAUACUGUGCGAAGAAUUGAUUUUUAGGUCUUGGAAUUGUUAGAGUCCAGUGGAAUCGAAGAAGUACCAAUUAAAAACUCGGCAUAGUUUUCUGUUAGGUUUAUUUCACAUUGUGUGACAAAUUAAUAUUUGUUCUGUCAGGAUGAUUUGUCUAAGUCUGUGACUUUAAAAGUUUUUUACCUUUAAGCGUUUGUUCUGUAGAAGCUGUUGUGGCGACGUUUGAUCUGAACUUGACCAUUAAAACUGCGUCAAACUUCCGACCUGCAAGGAACUGUCGCCUUCAAGUACAGGUUGUGACGUCCCUGUUGACAGCACUGAGGCAGUGGUCUGCGUUAAUGCAAUUUAGCAAGAGCCUAUUGGCCAACGACAUUCUUAGACCGCGGAGAGCAAUUUAUUUCUGCUCCGAUGAUUAUCGUACAAUACCCCAUGUCGCUCAGGUACUACAAGUAACGGGGAAGUAGCUAGCGUUCUGGCGUCACCUUUUUCCUUGGUUUUGCGAAAUUGUGUCCCUAGUCGUUUUCCAGUGUUCCCCUGUUCUUGCAGUAAAACGUAGCCCCCUUAAUUUUCCUAACCCUAAGUAUAACGGCGUACAUCGUACUACUUAUUCCACAAAAUGCAGAAAUCUCGAAAACGCGUUCGACAGCAUACGAAAUAUUUUCACAUUGGGUUCAUGAUCGUUUUUACCAAGCCAACGGGUGGGGUACCGAAACACGAGUAACAUCGCGGUGCGUGCAACGUGGUGAAUAGGUUACGUCCGCGCGCAGGUGUGUGGUAACUACUCUUGGAUGUUCAUGCCAAUUUUUCAUCGCGCAUCCUUACUGAUAUGAAGCACUCUUAACAAGUGUAUGCCACGCUGUGUAAUGAACGGUGAUAGCCACUUUUCUAAUUUGGUCUGAGAACAUAGCAAUUGGUUGCACGAUCACCCUAUUUUUUACUUUUUUGUUUGUUUUGGUUUUUUUUUGGUGCCGGUAGAUCACUUUCCUAAUGAAUUCUUCAUGUUGGCAAGAAAAAGACAAACGAAGGUAGUUCAAUUGCCAUUGUGCAACAUUGCUAAACGAUCUCCGCCAUCUACAUAGGAAAAAAAUGGCAAGGAUUGAUAUUAUAUUAAUCGUGAAACAUCUUAAUGCUUACCUUGAAUGAACUAUUCAUCUUUACAAGGAAUACAACGAAUCACAAGAAAGGGUCAUCUCAACUGCGGCCAAUGCUGUCCAUAAUCCCUAUCCUAUACCACGUAUUUGUCUCGUUCAAGGCCCUCCGGGGACAGGAAAAUCGUACACGAUUGUGGGUCUUGUCAAGGAGAUACUUAAUGUAAGUUUUUUGCCUAACGUCUGGAGUUCCACGUCUAUUCUUACUUACAACAACUUGUUAUUACCUUAUUGCUCUUUACGUGAAAAACAGGCAAAAAUGAAGUAAGACUCGACUUUUGAACUGUGUUUUACACGUUAAACGUUAUGGUACCGAGCUGCGCCGCCCUAAAUUUUGAACUUCUGUGAGCCACAUGAGCUUUGUUUGUUUGUUUGUUUUUUUUUUCGUAGCGGGGUCAAGAAUUUCCAGGACAGACCACAGCUACCUCAUCAAAUGGAAGUGUUCGAAACAAAGUGAGAAUUCUCUUGUGUGCCCCAUCUAAUGCUGCCAUUGAUGAGUUGAUUGGUCGGUUUGCAAAAGCUCAGAUUCGACUUCAAAAUCGUCACAAUAAGGAGAAAAACAGGCGAUGUAACCGUCAAGAUGAUGUCAAGAGAGGUUAGUGAAAUGUGAAGGUUACUCCAGCUACAAAAGUAAGCUUUCUGAUGUAAAUCACUUGCCCUUUGUUUGUUUGUCUUGUCUCUUACCUUGCACAUUUAAUGCAGUUGAUUACGAUCGAGGUGCUUGCUUUCCAAGUUUUCGUGCAAAAGUUUUGGAUGGUAUCGAUAGAAUUGAGGAAUGCGACUAAUUUUACUCUUGGGUUCAAACCAGUUACCGUAUUAGCAAUUGAAUAUGUUGACAUUUGAAGGAAGACGCAUAAAGAGGAGCAUAUGAAAGAAGAAACCGGUUUGAUCCGUUUAUAUAUCUUAAGCGUCAUUCUUUUAUUGUGGCAGCCGUAGAGGUAUUCAACAUGAUGUACUUUUCUGUACGACGCGACUUAUUGAGGCAUUUGAAUAUUAUUUUCGUUUUCUCUUUUCAAGCAGUCUCUAACAACUGUGGAGAUUUGUGUCUGGUGCGAGUGGGCCGUAAAUCAUAUAUCCACCCGGGGGUUUUGAAGUUCUCAUUAGACAGUAUGACAAAGCUCGUGGUCGAUCAGUCAUCUUCAGAAACGGAGGACAGAUUAAACAAAACCAAAGAAAGUCUGGCAGUCAUUGACGAUAGAGAGAAGAAAUUGGAACGCAAGAUAACGAAGUUAAAAAGUUCACCUCACACAUCACACGAAGUACACAUCUCAGCCUUGUGUUGUGUUUUUGUUUGUUUUCGUUGGUUUGUUGUUGUACUUGUUGUAUUGUAGAAAAGGUGUAAAGCUAAAACCCAGUUUAUAUCACUAUCAACAUUAAUUGAGAACUGGUAGAAAUCGUAGAGAGGUAUUUAAACUUCUAAACUUAUUUCCUUUCUUUUUAUUGAUUUGCGAGCAGCAACUGGAGAAAUUGGAAAAGGAGAAGUUAAAUCUUAUGGACGCAGUACGAACCCUGCAAAAGAAAUUCCGGGAACAAAGGGCAGAGCAAGCCAACAAACGUAGAAAAGAAUCAAGUAUAAGAAAGGAGAUCCUCUAUCGUGCUGAUAUCAUCUGUACAACUCUCAGUGGGGCUGGUAGUACCAGCUUAAAGCAGGACCUGGAAGGACGGUUAGGACUGAUCUGCUUCAACGGUCACAAUAUUACUUGUUAGUUUUUAUAUCUAUAUUUAAUGUUUCUUCCCUUUUGCAGGCGUAUCUAUCCUCAUUUCACCUGCGUUAUUGUGGAUGAGGUAAGAGAACUCCAAGAGAGAUACUAUAUCUUACGUCUAUGGGAUAAGAUUUCAUUCUCAAAUAUUUCAUGACCAAAAUGGUGCUGAAUAUGACGUUGCUUUUUUUUAAGCUCUAGAUAGAACAUUUUGAUUUUGAAACUUAAAUCUAGUCUUUCAUGUACUCAGUUGGUAUUUCUUUGUUUGAGCGAUUUUCGACUGAGUGCCGCACUAUAAAAAAUAAAAAACGAUGGAAAUUAUCUGUUACAACAGGAGAUACUUUUAAAAGGAGGGGGUGAAAACUCGAGGCAACAAUUAGAUCGCGAAAUUAUUGCCAUUACUGCGCCUCUUGAGUCCACAAUAUUGUGACCACUGUUAUGAUGAAUAUCGUUGUCGAUUAGAGUACAGACCACGCUAAACUAUUGUUGAUUUGUUAAACCGAAGUUAAAACAGAACCAAAGCACUCUCGACUAACACUCAAUUUAAUCAAUUCCUCUAAAAACAUACAGUGAAGUGAGUGAUGUAACUUUUUACAGGCCUGUCAGUCCAAUGAACUGGAUUUACUGAUACCACUCUGCUUCCAGGCGUCUAAAGUGGUUCUUGUCGGCGAUCCUGAGCAGUUGCCUUGCACUGUACUGUCUGGGGUAUGUCAAAAAAAAAGUUGACAAAUCUUUACUACUUCCUUUCUUUUGUGCCUUCCUUAAACGGAUUUGUUUAGCUUCAGUCAACGAUCCCCUAGUUUUCCAGUCUUAUUCUCCUUUAUGGUUUUGCGAUCCAUCUUUUUUGGCCAUACCAACAAAUCGACUUUUGUUACAUUUGUUCCUGUUUUACAUAUGAUUGGAGGCAACUCAUUCGUGCUCUCAGUUAGUGAUUGACCUCUGGCACAUUUUAAUUUUGUUUUUUCCUGAUUUGUUUCUGGCGCUUCCGCUAAGCAUAGCAUAUCCAUAAUUUGAAUAAGAAUGGGAUGAGCUUCAAUUUUAAAGAACGUUUUGAAGCCAGACGAAAACGUGAUAACCUUUCCUUCUCCUAGUGAUAACCUUAUCUUCUCCUAACGUUCUUAGAGAGCAAAGGAGAAGUUAUUUGCAAGAUCCAUGUUUGAAAGACUUUACAGAUUCUUCAGAUAUCAUAAAGAAGGUAAGUUCACCUAUAGGCUUUCGUAUCAUCUUCCUCUAUAACUUGUGAUUUGCGUGUGGUCUCAAGUAAGAAAAGGCACAUUUUUAAAAUGUAAUUGUAUGACUCGAUUCUCAUUACUUGAUAAUUAUUGCCCUUUUUGUACACAAUGUAUGUGGCUUUUAUACUAGCACAAUGUCCAGCCCCAUUGGGCUUUACUGAGCAUGAAAAACAGACCCGACCAUUAAAACAAUGUAGCCUUUAUACAGCAGACCGCUUGAUAAAUUUUCACAUCUGGGGCUGUAAAACUCUGGGUCAAAUGUUGAGGUAAUAACUGGGGAAGGUUUCAGUAACACAGGGAUUUACAAGAGGAGCGUAUUUAAAUACCUGCACCACGUUUGUAUCUUUGCGCUUAAAAAGUGGGGAAAUUGACAAAUAGCAGUGGAAUAACUGUUUAACAUGUUCUUGUCUGAUAAUCAAAAGAACAUCGCUAUUUACCAUCAGCUGUAAUUUUUUUUAAUUUUGAAAAGUCUAUCAUCACGGUGGUGAGCCGUUUAAAGAAGCGAAGUUUCGCGUCUUCUCGUGAUACGUAACAGGUCUACGAUAGAGUCCAAAAUGGAGGAUAUUUAUCUUGAAAAUGAAGCAAAGCAAACAGGCUUAUGGGAAAUAGUCUAAUGAUUGUUGGGAAUCUUUCAUCUCUUCUACGUUGACAAGAAAGAAAUUUUAAAAUACUGAUGCUGUUGCCCGGCAGGGUAACCCCUUGUCAUGAUUUUACUAGUCAAGAUCUCAAGCUUUUGGGGCAGUGUGCUACAAAGAUGUUUCACAGUACCUUCGAAAGGUAUCAGCAACGACCGCGAUCGUGGCAACUCUCCUGUAGUUGUCAUAUGGUUUUCAAUCGUGAUAUUUUCAUGUUUUUCGGAUAGUUCGAAUUGCGAUUAAAAAAAAGCUUAGCAGCGCGGAAUUGUUGAAUGUAUGGGGAUAUUUCUUUGCUCUUGGAAUUUUUCUUUGUGCGUCGAGAUCAACGGAGAAUGGGCUCUAUCUCAGGGAUACACAGAAGCAAGAGGUGGACAAGAGCAUAUUUUAAAAGACGUUGUGGACAAUCGUGCUGAUACAUUAACAAACAAGAAAAGAUACGAAACUGUGUACAAGGAAGCUAUUGUUUAAGGAAUACAAAAUCAUUGGGAAAAGGGUUUAAAGUGUCUACAUAUCCAUAUCAAGGAAAAACGGCAAGGAUUGGUCAUGGUAUUUGGAAUCCAAACAUCAACACGCUCAUAUUAAAAGAAGCGUGAGUUGUAUAGUUUGUUAAUUUGGUGCGUCUCGUCAUGUGAGAUGGCUGCUCAAUUUAUGUAUAGAAGGUGAAAGGGGCUGGCAAGAAAUUUUGACAGAAGGGGUGGGUACACAGAGAUAGUCGCAAGAGAUAGGGAACCAUGAAUGGGAGGGGGGGUAGGGGAGACGUGCUGCUUAGGUUUGUUAUAUUGUUUUAAAAAUCUUAAAAGUAAUGGUCAAAGCGAUAAAGCGCGUUCAAGUUGGGGAUAAGUGGGCCGUAUCGUUUGGGGAGUGUUCUGGAUGAAUAUCAGGGAUAUAACGUUUGAAAGUCACUUCUCUCCUAACUUUUCUAGGGUGGAUAUCGGAAUCACCCUUCACCCAAUUUAGUCAUUACUCGUUUUAUUCACGUUGAAAUGAAGAAGUGGGAAAGACAGCUCCCUAAUGAUAAGUGUAUCAGACUCUGGUGCACCUAUCCGGUGUAGGACUGAGAAACAAUUUCAGUCCUUUAGGUUGGAAACGUCUCUCCCCCUAAGAUAUCUUUUCUCUCUGUCUCUUUUUCUAGUGGUAGGAGAUUAUUCAAUUUCCUAACCAUAACAAUCCUUGGAUCCUGUUUGCCUCGUUUCAACUCGCCCCUUCUUUAUUAAACUCAAUUCAUUGCAUCAUCUAAGCCCGCAACAUGGACUGACUGAAAAUCCCAAAAGUAUCAAAAACCUCCCGGGUGUCUUCAAUUUAACCUCAAGUGCUAGAUCCGGACGAGUUGCUGGAUAAUGAUGUAACUGUGAAGAGUAAAGAAGGGUCGACGAAUACAAGUAUACGCUCUCUUAUCAUCUACACUGUCAACAAGCCAUCAUAUCGCUUUCACACUAGGCAUCAGUGAAAGAAAAAUAAAAAAAUUAGUUCAGAACGUGGCCAAUUUAUCAGGCUGGUCCCAAAACUCUCAAUUUGUAACUAAGCUUGACUUUGAGGGCGAUUGUCUGCCGGUUUCAAGCUAUGAUUUUGCCAUUUUCAUAGUCAAGUUACUGGGGCAACUCGGGCGAUGCAAAAAGGAAUUAGGGGCGAAACCUUCAGUAUUUCAUUCCUUAUUAUUUCUUCUUUUUUUUCACAUCUCUAACACUUGGAAGUGGGCUUCUUUUACUUAUCUCACUUUACCAGGCCUUGCUCUCGUUUGUCUUCGCAUCUCUCGUAGAAGAGUUCGGUUAUUAAGAAGGAAAUAGCUGCAUAUACCGCACAAACACUUUUUUCUUCAUUAAACUGGGAUUAUGGGCGUGACGCCAAUCAUUUAUCUUGGACUAGAAUUCUAGUGGUGUGUUGUUAUGAGGUGGCACGAUUCCAGUGAAAGCAACAGACUAUGAAAAAUAUUCCCAUUUCCUUGUUAAGUACUAGUAGGUGUUAACGUAAGUUGCACUGGGCUACAAAAUUUAGUAAAGCCUCCAAGGAGUAGUGCUCUGCUGCAGAAGUCAGUACCACACGCUAUCCAAAGGUAACCCAGUGCUUUACGUUUCGCUAAAACUCUGCAUUGUCCUUGUGUCUUCAAAUGCCGCUCUUUACUGUUUCUGCAAGGGCGAUGCUAUCUAAACAGUAAAUGUUCGUUUCCUUUACUCAUAUUUCUCUUCUUAUUGAACCUAUGAAGUGUGAUAGCGUUUAAUGGACUUACAGGGCAUCGGCACAAGUGUACCGUUUGUGUCCUUGGGAAGUAUUUAAAACGUAGCGCUGUAAACAUGAAAUAGAAUUAUAACACAUUGUAAUGAACAAGCACCCUCCUUUUGGGUCCCCAAAACCUGUGGUAUGACCUGAUGAUUGCCUCCAAAUUCAGCCUGUGAGCUUCUGAAUCAGUAAUGAUGCCUCUGUAUCGAAUUCCAAGCAGAAUCUUACCAUUGUGUAGUAGCCUUAUGCAAACCAAUCAAUAUUCCAAUUGAGGACUAGCUGUAUUGUCACUUAAGUUUACAAAGACUUAUAUGCAUGUGCUUUGAUAUUUUAAAGAGAGGUUUGACUAACAACUAGUAUGCAAGUUACGUAGAGCUGUAAACGUGCAAUUUUAAGCGAUUUCUACCUCUCUAAGCACUCUUAAUUUGCCUUCUUUCUCACUCUUCUGCAAGCCUUCAUCAUUCGAUGUAUUAUAUAUUCUAUCCUCAUGAAACCAAGCAUUCACUAUUCGAUUUGUUUUAUCUUUUAUCCUUAUAAAACCUCCAAAGGUGAUAAACUGGCAUGAAUAGGGUCGAGGCAAUAUAUAUUUGCAACUCCAUUGAUUCUUUUAGCCCAGCAUUUUUCAAGCAAUACUGUCCACCAAUGCAGUGCGUAUUACGAGAAAGUAUCUUCAUUUUACCCGCUAGUCUUCCUUACAUCUGACUCCUGAACGAAUAGUCUAAAUUAGAUGGCCUUGUUUCUCAUGUUGCCCCUUCAACGUUUGUUGAUGUUUGUAGAAAUGGAGAAGCCAGUACUGAUGUUGGAAGAACAGUACCGGAUGCAUCCAGAGAUUGUAGCUUUCCCUUCUUCACAUGUGUACAAUAACUUCCUGAGAAGCCAUAGGUUUGAUAUUGUUUCUCAAUUUUAUAUAGAAGUGCUCUGUUGUUCUUUAUUAUCGUUUCAUUUUUGAGCAUUCACCUUCCUUUCUUUGCUCUCAUUUGACCCAUCGGUGUCCCAUGCCGCUAAUUGACUGACUGACUUAUUUACUCAUGAACGGACGGACGGACAAAGUGACAGGGUGAUGAGGAUAGGUCGCUGCUAGGUCCACUUUGUGAUGAAUUGCUUAUGCGUGACUCCAAAACAAGUUUGACGGACAGACUGACUGAUUGACAGACGGACUUUCUCUGAAUGACCCCCUGUUCCGAUGGUUCAAGAAAGGAAUAAGAUAAAGUCGCCGUUAGGUUCAUAUCUGGGAUCAUCUGCUUUUUUAUAAGCCCGAAACAAACACUUGUAAUAUCCGUCUUGAAUGUGCGUAUUUUACACUCUAGAUCAGUAGAGCAGAGACAGUUUCCUCUGGUGAAGCACUAUGCACUCUUUGACGUUGUUAAUGGAAGAGAGAUAUGCCAGGAUAGAGGGUGAGCAAAUGCAACCAUUUUGGCAAGAUGGAUGGUGAAGCAAUGUUGGUGUUAUCUUUAGAAGCCUUGCCAACUAGCAACAUCUAUUGUACUUAGAUUUUCUCAACAACUUAAAAUGUGUUAACUUAGUGCUGAAACCUUUUUGGUUCGAAUUCUUGUGAGUUUCGAGAAACUAAGGAUAUUACCAAUCAGCAAACUUGCAAACAAUUAUUGUAUAUGAGUCGUUUCAACCACUUUAAUUGUUUAUUUUAAGUGUUUAAAUCUUUUUGGUUUGAAUUCUUGUGAGUGAAACUAAUGAUAUCACAAAUCAGCAAACUAGCAAAUAUUAAUUGUACAUAGAUCGUCCUAAUCACUAAAUUGUUUUAAUUUAAGUGUUCAAACCUCUUUGGUUCGAAUUCUCGUGAGUUUCGACCGAGCCACAGCUCACUUCCAGGUGCUGUUAACACAACACCGUCCAACCUAUGAGGGGAAUAAUUAGUUACCCUAAGUGUGAAAGGGAAAAAGGGAUAGGAUACACCGUAGCAACGCAAAUUGAGCGACGCAUCGCUUUUUCCUGCAGGCCUCCUGGGAGUGUCCAACUCUAUAUCGAUGAAAGCGCUGCAUUGUCUUGGUUUUAGCCUUGCCUAAACUAUUUUUUGCUUAAUUUAACGCAUCAAUCUAGAGCAGUUUUCAUAGGGUACAAUUUAUUUACAUAUGUAGUAUCAUCUUGUUGUGUCAUACAUCUAUGUAUUAUGUUAUCUAAAUAAUCUUUAUUCUAAUAAAUGGUUCAGUAACCGAUUAGGCAUUAGGAAACGAACUUAGAUUAGGGUACAGUAUUAAAGUAGUAUAGUCCACUGAUUGUUCUGAGUCCCCUUUUUUUCAGCGCUUUGUGGAAUCCCGUCGAGGCUGAUAUCAUUGUAAAUUUGUGCUACGAUUUGACAAAUAUUUUAAACUCUGAAAGCAUUGGCAUUAUCACACCAUAUCGGAAACAGAAAGUGGAGAUCCAAGGGAAACUUAGGUGAAUAAUGUGUAUGUUAAGUCUUCAUUGGUGAACAUCGGUUAGAUGGUAUAACCCCUUACUUUAGCUGAAGUGAAGCAAGACGUUGCUUCAACGGAAUUGAAAUUGUUUGUGACAAAAGGCAAGAAAGGAAGUCCUGAACCACAGUUGUUUUAGCUGUGGCUUGAAUUAGUUUUAUAUGUAGCAACUGCGCGCAACUCUAACUGCUCAUUAACCUUUUGAUCCGUAUCCUAGGGGACUUACCAUUUGGUUAGAGUGUCUCCGACUUGCUUUACUUAAGAAGCAGUUUUCUCUUAUCUAAAGUCGGUAUUCUAUUUGGCGAAACAUUGUAAUCAUGAUUUGGCUAUCUUGAAGACACAGCUAGCCCAUAGACUUCUGCUGAGAGCUUUGGCUCAGAACUUAAGAUUCUACAAGAGGCAUUUGCUUAUGCUUAUCCAUUUUGUAGAAACCCUGUUGUCCAUGUUUUGCAGGGAUCUUUCUUCAAGAAGUGCUUUGAUUGAGGUCAACACUGUGGAUGGCUUUCAGGUUUGUUGAAACUCUUCGACCAUUGAAAUUGCUCCUGCGUUCCACUCUAUACAGCUCCUGUAGAAUGUGAAGUACACUGUUGCUUUUUUUUUCCAUUUCCAGGGAAGAGAGAAGGAUGUCAUCAUUUUGAGUUGUGUUCGAGCGCAGCUGUGUCGUGGUUCCAUAGGGUGCGUUUGUUUACGGUUAUCAUUACCUGAAAACCUUUCCUAGUCGGCCAUUACAACACCUUGUGUAAGCCGAUAGAUUUUGGGCCCCUUAAACUUGUGACUCAUACAGUGUCAUUUGAUUAAUAUAAGUUCCAUUGGCUGACUAUGUCGUGUCUUUCUAAAAACGUCGAAUUGCUGCAUGUUGGAAGGAUGCUAGUUGACGUUCCUGCCCGAUUUAUUAUGCUUCUCUUUCGCAGAUUUCUUACCGACAGACAACGAAUGAAUGUAGCCUUAACAAGGGCUCGACAUGCCCUUUAUGUUUUUGGUCAUAUGGAAACUCUGAAGGUGGGAAAUAUACGCAAUUAUUGUUUUAUCCUCAUAGCCGACAUUCUCUGAUUCCAAAAACAACUUUAGUAAUAACUGCUACGUCCUUCCUUCGUAUUUUAUCAGGGAGGAUCCCCAGAUUGGAGAGCUUUGAUAGAAAAUGCGGAAAAGAGAGGAUGUUUCUUUCCACUUAAAUCUUCAUCAGAGAUACAGUCGAUUCUUUCCAUUGAAUCAGUCAAGAUAGAUCAUUCACCUGCCAAAGACCCACGGGCUAAGAAGCCUAACCCGUCUUCGAGAAGGAUUGGUUAUCACCGUUCCAGCAUUAGUGAUCAAGCAGUGGACCCUGAGCAUGCGCCCGGGAACGUGUCUGGUAGGCAACAAGAAUUUAGUGUUGGGAUGGAAGCACCAGGUCAAAGAAAUGGGAGGCGUCAGGCGGAAAAAUCGGUUAACUCUUUAGAAACCAAACUCCGAGAGGCAACUGGCAUUAAUGCGAACUCCACUAGAAGUGAGCCAUCCUUGAACAGUCAUUCUACAAGAAGAAGUGAAAUUGUCAAUCCUAAGAGCAUGAGUAGGGAAGGGAAUGGUGGUGAGGAAAGAACUCACUCCAGAAAUCGUCAUCAACAAUUAUCUACUAAUAAUUGUAAACAACUCCCCAGAUCUGAAGAUCAUGUGGGAAAUCAGUCAGUCGAAAAGGAGUCAAAGCAUUCUUCACGUCAAUCAUUGCAUCGGGAAGGGAAUGCAUACCAGAAAAGAUCAGAAGGGCGAAGCCCAAAGAAAUCAGAUGAUGACAAAGUCGCAUAUCGAUCACAUUCCACUAAAAGUCCGUCAGUUGAAAAUGGAGUUUCAAACGAGGACAAAGCGACUUUUAAGGGCCCUGCUUAUAAAGGGAUAAAUAAUGUUUCUCGAAACAUUGCCAUCGAGAAGCAAUCGCCCCGUCAUUCCUCUGAGGGUAGUGUACAUGGAAAGCAGAUGAAGCCGAAAAAAAGUGAUAAUGGGCCAGAUGUUAGAGCUACUGAUUUUGUUGAAACUGCCUCUACUUCUACGUUCAUGGAUUCAAAUUCUGAUUCCGGGGAAAUUGAUUCGUAUAACUCACUUGAAAGUGACACGCCCAAUCCUAUGCUGCAUAAUGUCAUCCAAAAUAAUAGGUCACAUAAAAGGGGUUAUUUUUGCAAGCUGUAUCGACAAGAAAAAGAAGCAACUGCAAGGUCUUCACCGGCCCAGCGUGUGUGGUCACCAGUUGAUACUGGGUCGCCCGUCGACCAGGCUCUAACUGAGUCAUUAAGUGUCUCGCAACCCACGUCCUCUGGGUUCUCUUUGGUAUCAUCUGGGCCUUCCAGUGCAUCUCCCUUGCUCUCGACUUCAUCAAUUCCGCUAGACAACGCAUAUGUCCACAAGGAACUUGGCACGGCCAGUGGUUCAUCAUCUCGUUCCAAUACGUCAUGGUCAUCAAAACCUUUAACGUUGAGGCAAAGCUCUGAACCUUCGUCCUUGAAAAUUGGAUCAGAAGGUAACGGUCAUUCAAAAAGACCUCAAGGGUCUACAGCUAAAGCUUCAAACGCGUUAUCUUUCCCUAGUGCGUCAGGGCUUUCAAAUGGCCCUUUUACUCUUUCAAUGGUGCCAGGAGCAUCACGAUUGUCAAACCCUUUAAAUUCAUCCGGCCUUAGCCGUACUCUCUCUCUCGAUGAAAAACGUACCUCUGUGCGAAGCGCUGAACAAGUAGCAGAGGCAGUGCGGCAACGGCAUCCUCCUGCAAUGCGUCCUCAAGUAAUUGAAGCCCCACCUGAUCUGUUCAAGAACUCUAACAGAGGAGUUCGUAAACGCUCAGCGCAUGCAAUGACUCCGGAUGUCAGCGCUCUAAGAGGAAGAGCAACCAGGGAAGUUAGCCCACCACCAAAGAGGUCGGCGCCCGAACCCUCACAGAAAAAGAACUUGCAUGAAGCUAAAAAAUACUUUAGGGGCAGAAAAAGUUGGAAUUGACGGAAUGAAUUCUCGUAGUAUCUUUUUCAAGUGCUUUUUUCACGAGGACGCUUCACUAAGACGUCAGUUGAUUUUUUAAGUUAACUCAAAUAAAGUUGUUUUGCUUUUUAAGACCUGAAGAUUGUGGGUGUAAGCUAAAAAACAAACUGUUACAAGUGGUCUUCCUCCAACUGUUUUCUUUGUGAAGUAAAUCUAGAGGAACAAAUUUCAGUAUAUUUUUCAAAUUAGAGAUUAACUAAAUAACCAAAGUAAAUUACUAUAUUUGUUAUGAG